UUAGAGUCGUUUAGAGUACGGGCGCACGAAGAUUUGUGGCUGGUUUAACCGCGGAUGAACGAAUGACGGCUGACUUGGCUGCAGUAUUCUUUCAUAUUCUAUUCUUUCUUUCUUGCAUCAUAUCGCCCGCUUAUCUUCAGAACACAUCCAUUUAUUCCUUUACCAUGUAAAUAAUUAAAUUAAAACCUGUCCUGAGACUAACAGCCGGCCACAGGGGGAAUCACAUCUUCUGGAGACCUCUUCACUCCUCACCUUGUCUUCACCAAACAGCCACGCUGGAGCCCUCUGUGCAAAAGCGCAAGCGGACCGUGAGCAGUGACAGUGGGCAGGUUGUGGUGUUGUCCUCUGCAGACCAGGAAGAAGCUGCCAUGUUAGAACAGGGAGCCACACAGAUGGACCAAGAGAGAGGUCGGACCUUUAUGGAGGCCAUCAGUGAGAAGUACAGCCCCGAGAACUUCCCCUACCGCCGGGGGCCCGGCAUGGGGGUGGUGGUGGUACCGGUGGUCGCCCCCCAGGGCUCCCCUAUGAGAGAUCGGCUGAACCUGCCCAGUAUCCUGGUGUUGAACGGUAGUGGGAUCUCCCGGGCUGGGGACCAGGGCGAGAUCGCAGCCUUCUGUGCUCACGUCAUUGAGCUGGACCUGUCUCAUAACACGCUCCAGGACUGGAGGGAGAUCAGUAAGAUUGUCUCUAACAUCCCCAACUUGGACUUCCUCAACCUGAGCUUCAACCCACUGGCGAGCGUAGCGCUGGGGCCUGUCAGUGGCGAGGCCUUCUGUGGUGUGCGGCGUCUGGUGCUCAACAACACACAGGUGUCCUGGGACACGGUCUUCACCCUCACACGAGACAUGCCUGAGCUUGAGGAGCUGUUCCUGUGCCGCAACAAGUACGACAGUGUGCUGGCCGCUGCCACGCCCUGCCCUACGCUGCGCCUGUUGCACAUCACCGACAACAGUCUCCAUGACUGGGAGGAGGUACGCAAGUUGGGCUCCAUCUUCCCCAGCCUGGACACCCUUGUGAUGGCCAACAACAACCUGGCAUCCAUACAGGACAGUGGGGUGGUCCUGGAGGGCCUCUUUCCCAACCUGCGCAGCAUCAACCUGCACAACUCAGGUCUGAACCGGUGGGAGGACAUCGAGAAGCUCAACUCCUUCCCUAAGCUGGAGGAGGUGCGUCUGCAGGGCAUCCCCCUACUGCAAACCUACACCAACACAGAGAGACGCAGCCUCAUGAUCGCUCAACUUCCCUCAAUCUCUUCACUGAAUGGCAGUGUGGUGAGCGCCGGUGAACGAGAAGACGCAGAGCGCUUUUUCAUCCGUUAUCACCUGGAUUACCCAGAGGAAGAGCUCCCGUACAGAUACCACUGCCUAGUGACAAAGUACGGCAAACUGGAGCCGCUGGCAGAGAUAGACCUCCGACCCCGAUGCCUUGCCCUGGUGGAGGUGCACUGCGAGGACAAGGUUGUACAGAAGCCGAAAAACUAUCAGGUGAACGUGCGCUUGGACCAGACGGUGGCGGAACUGAAGAAGCAGCUGAAGGAGGUGGUCCAGCUGCCCACCAACCACAUGAGGGUCUACUACAUCGACAAGGACCUUUGCUGCGUGUUCGGCCCAGAGGAGAUGAAGUACAGCACGCGGGCGCUGCACUCCUACAGCAUCCGCGACGGGGACGAGAUCCUGGUGGUGCCCAAGACAAAAUGAGCCACGCGCUUGUUUAUAUCCUCCCCCCAAGCUCCAGGUCUCAAUAUCCCACGCUAUUGGAUGAAAAAAAGAGAAGGGACGGACUGAUUGUUUCACUGGUUCAAUUGCUAAGUUAUUUAAUAAAAGGCACAGUUAAAAUGGGAUAGGUGUGACACGCAGGUCAAAGUUGAGGUAAAUAAUGCAGGAAACGGUUCCACAAUGGAAUGCAGGCUGUUUGACUGCUGAAUUAGCAGAACCACCAAUCCGGAGGUAAGGAGUUCCUAUUAGAUAAUAUCCUCUCUAGACUUUUUCAAAAUCCCAGUCUUAAACAUAAAGGGAAUUUCUGGAAUGUUUCUGUGUAAAAAAUGGAGACCAAGCUACAAGUCAGGAUGGCGGAGCAGCGACCAGGAAGGCAGAAGCAGAUGGCCGUUGGAAACUGGUGCACCAGCAAAUCUCAGCUCUGUCCAAGCUGUUAGUCUACGGCUUAUCGCACCUUUACGGGCAUCAAAGACCACCAGCUGGCCCAUCUGUCACCCAAAUCCUACUCAAACUAGUUGGCUAUAUUGUCAUAUAUUUAUUUAAAAACGAUGGAUGUUUGUUUUUUGAAUCUGCACUUUUAAGUGAAAAGAAAGAUUAUCAGGAAGAGCAGCGUGUCUUAAUAAUAAUGUGUGACAUUGCAUCAUUACAAACCAAUACACACACACACACACACACACACACACACACACACACACACACGUAUAUUCACACUUAUAUGAACGACAACCACCUGUGCUGUACACACAAACAUACACAACUGCACAGCUUAUUAGGUUGUGUCCUAUUCUAUCCCUGCUCCAGCCAUCUCAGUCUGGGUUCCUUCAUCUCUGUCCUGAAUGACAUCAAGUAAUUAAGGACAUUAAGGUCCAUUUAAUACAUUAUACAUAUUAUGUUCCAUUUAUAUAGAUCAUAUCGAGUUUAACAAUUAUAAGAACAUAAGAUGCAGGAUGGGCAGAUAUUAUUUGAUUAACUAUCAUAUCAUGCAACUUAAACACAGGGAAAAGCACCCUGUGUUUAUGUUGUAUGAUAUAUUGUUAAUCAAAGGAUAUCGGCCAAUCCUAUAUGCAUAAUAUAUGUAUAAUGUAGACAGAUAUAGGCAAGCUGUCCUCGUAUGGGCUCAGGCUCUGAGCUCUGUUGACAUUGAAAUCUGUUGAUCUUCUUUGUUGGUUGCCAAUUUUAAUACAGAUUUCAAUAAUAGGAGAGUAACAGUUCCAUUAUUUUUCAUGAAUGAAAUAUUAUAGCCAUGAUAAUGUUAUCACAUCAUAUAGAUCAUGUAUUUAUCUCAGAUUGCCUUUCAGUGUUUACAAUAAUCUAGCAGAUCUUUGUGAACUCAUCGUUUCCUUAACUUGCUUCACUAUAUUUGUUUACUUUGAUCAAACAAUGCAUGCGUUUUUAUUUUGACUGAAUCCCUUCCUGGCCCUACAGAGCAAAAAGACUCCCUAGCCACAGCUGUGUUAUCUUCCCCAAAGCCAAGCUCAUUGAUUAUUUUUCUGGAAUAAGUGUGUCACCAUUUCUUUGAAUAUCAACAUAAAGAAAAGCUUUUGAAAGAAAAGGAUGACAAAAUGGGCCCAAACCACAAAUGCCUCAAUUUAAGCAUACAUUAAAUUGUUCAUUGAAAGUAUGCUUAUUUUUAUUUGCUUGACAACUUUGUAUUUGUUUGAUUGAUUUACAGCAUACAAUAUGUGUUAUUGUAUGCCCGCCACAAGUAUGAUUCAGGAUGCCUGAAUUUGUAUUUUUGUGAGAGGAAAGUAUGACCAUAAGGUCACAUUCAUUCACACAAAGCCCUUUUAAGGUGUUUGGCAUGUCUACCUUUAUUGUUUUGAGAUCCCAGCUUGUUUUUAUUUAUCAAGUUAUGGAAUCCAUUAUUUACUGGACGUUUUAUGAAAAUGAUUCAUGUUUUUCAUUUUAAUGUGUUAAAAUCAUAUAAAGAUGUAUUUAUUUAAUAUAUUUAUGUUUGUUACUCAAUUUGGAGUAUGCUUUAAUUUAUUUAAGUUAUUGAUUUUGUGUGCGAGGAUCUGUUACAACCUGUUACAAUACUAGAACAUGAUAUUUAUCAGAUCAUCUAGAGUUCCAUUACCACAUCAACACUCACACACAGCUUUUAGCAGGUAUUUGAUUUAGUCUUGAUAUAUUAAUAUGUAUUCCCAUGAAGACUUGAGUGAAAUACCUUGCUUCCACACAUAGCCACACCUACUAGGUAACUAUUUUAACGUCUAUUUGCGCUGACAGUGUUGCCUUUUUAACUCAAAGUGCUCCUUUUUGCAUUUAAGCACUAGAUGAUCAUGAUAGGUCCUCUCGGGCUGAUCCAUCGAUCACUUUGCAAUGAGCACCUCCGUUUUGGACGUAAAGGAGCAUAGGAAUGUUGUUGAUAGUGAUGAUGUUUUGGUCAUUAUGGAAAAAGUUGGUGUUUGAAAGUGCCACAGUGUGUAUUAUGCAGGAUGUGGUGAAACAAAGUUUUCAUCUGCCCAGUUGAAGGUAUAUUUAUAUUUAUUUUAUUAUUAUUUUAUUUUACAUUACUAUAACUCAUAAGUCAACAUACAACACCAUGAGGCAUUCUGGUGUACAAGCUCUAUUCAUCUGUAUGUACUCAUCAAUUCACUCAGCUAUAAUACAUGACUACAAUGGAUGUGCGUGUUAAAAUGUAUUCUUAAUAGCCUUCUCAGAAUCAUUGCUUCUCAUGCUGAGGUAAAAUGCAUCAUAGAAUGGUAAUAAAAUCUCAAUCUCCUUGCA